UCGUGUCGACAGAAAAAAUUGCACCACACAAAAACAAAACUCGUGCCGUCGCGCCUCGCCUCGACGAAAAAGAUGGUGCUAGCUGACCUGGGGAGGAAGAUAACGACCGCUCUGCGGUCCCUUGGCAACGCCACUGUCAUCAAUGAAGAGGUACUCCAGGCUAUGCUGAAGGAGAUAUGUACGGCUCUUUUGGAAGCUGAUGUGAACGUGAAGCUUGUUGGGAAGCUACGUCAGAAUGUCAGAGCUGCCAUAGAUUUUGAGGACAUGGGAGCGGGACUCAGCAAGCGCAGGAUCAUCCAGACCUCAGUUUUCAACGAACUCUGCCAACUGCUGGACCCGGGUGUGCCGGUCUGGCACCCCACGAAGGGUCGGUCAAAUGUCAUCAUGUUCGUGGGUCUUCAGGGCAGCGGAAAGACUACCACUUGUACCAAGGUCAGGGUACAACCAUUCAUAUAUGUGCAACCUGUCUAUUAUGUUACC